AUCAGGAGUACGUCAGAAAGUGGGCUCAAGCAUCAAUCACCAAAAAACACAAUGCAUUGGCUUGCUCUCAUGGAUGCUGAAUUUGCGUCGCUCACUGAAGGAGCUGACGCAUUGAAACUAUAUGACAUCGCCAUUAAGAUUGCCUCAGACAAUGACUGGAUCUUGGAAGAGGGAUGGGCCUUGUACUUAGCUGGCUCUCAUUUCAUCCGAUGUGCCAGGUGUAAGAGCUUUGGGAGCGAAAUGCAGCGUCGUGGAAUCGGUCGACAAAACCAAUGGGGCGCGCUUGGCAUUGUCAUCUCGAUGGAGAAAUCUUGCGAGAAGUCGGAUUCAAUAUUCAUGAGGGCCGUGACGGUGGACGUGGGCACUCAGACGGAACAGAUUGAUCCCAUCCCUCGCUCUGCAUAUCUGGCGUCUCGUACCAAUUUUUCGCAGAGCGGUGUGCUUGCCGAUAGCGAGCUCCUGAGCCUAUCUGCUGAUCAGUUUGCGGAGAUCAUCAAAUGGACGCAAGUGAUUUCUAGCGAAAUCAAUCUCUCUGUCUCACUCGAAAAACUGACCAACGACAUGGCCGCCACUUCGGGGUCCGACAAGGUAGUUGUGGUUAUUCGUGCUGAUCAUGGGGACAUGGCAGUUUCCAGCUCGGUCUACCCUCCGGAACCAGUUCAAAUGCAUGAUGAACCAAUCCCACUGUCGGAACUGGAGGAUCCCCUUGCAGUUCAAAUCAUGCAGCAAGUCAUUCAUUCCAAGGAACCCGUCUAUCAAAGAGAUGCGACCGAGGAUCCAAGAUAUUCCGUUGCGGCCAAGAGCAGCCUGGACAAGACGAUCCUUUGUUUCCCAAUAUAUCACGCUGGGCGUGGAGACAUGAUGGGUUGUAUCUAUAUGGCCAGUUCGAAACCAUACGCCUACGCGCCCUCGAUAGUCACCAUGAUGACGGUCCUCGCCCAACAAGCAUCAAUAUCCAUCACCAACUGCUUGCUAUUCCAAGACGUGACGAAGGCUACAAGAAACAAUAUCCGCAUGAUCAAUUCUCAAAAGGAAGCCUUAGAAGAAGCGAGACGGAGCAGGGAGGACGCGCUAAAGGCUGCAAAGACAAAGAGCAAUUUUUUGGCCUCCAUGAGCCAUGAACUUCGUACCCCCUUCAGUUCUUUCUAUGGUCUUCUGGAUCUUCUCAGUACCACCGAUCUGGACUGGGAACAGCGUGAGUUGGUCCAAACAGCGCGACAAUCAUGCGAAUUGCUCCUUGAGAUCAUCGACGGGUUGUUGGAUUAUUCGAAGCUGGAAGCAUCUGCUGUAAAACUAGAAUCCAUUCCAUUGAACGUUGAAGACCUGGUUGGCAAUGCUGUCGAGCUUCUGACUCACCUGGCAGUCAAACGUGGUCUCGACCUGUCGUUCUUUGUCUGCCCUGAUGUCCCUUUCUAUAUACUUGGUGAUCUGUCCCGCUUACAGCAAGUUCUCAUGAACCUUCUUGGCAAUGCUUUGAAGUUCACCGAAAAGGGCUCCGUUAAGGCCGUCUGUUCGGUCGACCAAUCGGGAGAGAUUCCUUGUGGCGAAAAUCAAGUUGUGCUGAAAUGGUCUGUUGCAGACACGGGCAUUGGCAUGUCUCCGCACGACAUGAAGAAUCUCUGGCAACCGUUUAGUCAAGUUGAUCAAUCUACGACACGCAAAUUCGGCGGGACGGGUCUGGGAUUAUCUAUCUGUCUUUCCCUAGUGAAGCUCAUGCAUGGUGAUGUCGGUGUUUCAUCCGAAUUGGACAAAGGCUCGCAGUUCUGGUUUCGAAUUCCCGUCACCAUACACGAAUCUGCAGAAACCGCGAAAGAGAAGGCCCUGAUGCAAGCAUACCGACUAAACCUCAUCAAUUCCGACGCCAUGGUUCUUCUCUCUUCACCGACCGACACCACUCGGGAUCUUCUCCAGGCUGCGUUGAUCGGUGUGAAGUCUCUGGUCUGUAAUAGCACGGAAGAUACGGAUAUAUUCCUCAGGGAUGCUGGCAUGAAGAAGGACCGUGUGGAAUUUGUGGUUGUUGAUGAACACGCGGAAGCCCGCAUCGACGACAUUGCCCAUCUCCUCCAAGAAUAUCCUAGUUUAAGUCACGCAAAGAUCAUCCAUCUUUGUGCUCCGUCAGCAGACUUCCUCAACCGCAGACCUGGCGCUAAGGCUGGUGUCGCCAUCGAAGCUGUCGCCCCCGAAAUGCACACAUAUAUCCAUGGCGGCCUUAUCGCUAGAAUGGCGAAGCCGGCCCGUACACAGAAGUUCCUUCGAAUACUCUCAAGGAUGUGGGAUGCUCGUAGCGGUUACACGAACGGCUCUACCCUGAGAGAUGGUCUCCGCG